GAAUCACAUGACUAGAACCCAGAUCUUCCGUUCGAAGGAAGUGAGUAGGCAACUUCGAUGUGGCAAGUCAAGUCAGGGGUUAAGCAAGUGCUAUUUUUGUCGUUUUACGUGUAUUUCGCUGUUAAAAAACGUUCACCUUGUACGAUCAAAAAGCCGUUAGUUCAAGGAAAAGUCAUCAUGUCUUUAGCAGGGUUCAAAAAACAGAUUAACAAAGCUAAUCAGGUAAGAACAAGUUGGGAUUCUCGCGCUGUGGUUGCUGAUCGCUUAGCUUCUUUGAGAAAUUCACAAAUUUGAUUUCCGUUUCGUGUCACAGUUCAUGAGUGAAAAAAUUGGAAGCGCCAAGGGAUCAAGGCUAGACGAAGAGUUUGUAGAGUUAGAAAGAGUAAGUAUUGGAUAAGCUAUCACAAGUUUCAUGAGUCAAAUUGCGACCAUGGCGCGGUUUUGGCAUGAGAAACCCAGGCUUGAAUGACACUCACUGUCAAAUGGCACUUACACUCGAAAUUAUCCACGAACGCAGAUCUUGUUGCUGCCCUGACUUCAUUUUGUUAUUUUUCUCUUCUCACAGAUUUCGUGUUAGUGUUUAUUUUCUUGAGCAUAACUACCACAUUCCAGCCACAGCUGUAGCCUGUAAUUGGCCUCCAUUCCCCGGUUUUCACAUGCUGCUGAUUUCAAUCUGUCGUAUUUUUAAGGCGUAAUUUGGAAACUGUUAGUCAAGCUUCUAUUUUUAUCGCUGUAACCUGCAGUUGUUUCAGCAAUGCUCAAUAAAAAACAAAAACUACGAUCUAUUUCACGAACGCACUUGAAUUGCGUCUUCCUUUGAGCUGUGAGUCACAGAAUCUUAAGUGUACGUGAUAGCUUAUCGUUUUACACUAAUGUUUUGAAACCUUUAUUCAAUAUAACCGUGUAUAUGUGAUAUUAUAUAAUCCAACAAUGAGGUUAAUCCCUUUUCGAUGGAUAAUUCCAUCUUAAGUUGUGCACCUGUUACAAAGAAUGCAUAAAUUUUAUCAAACCGGGUGUAAACACCAAGAAUGGUGCCAAAAUCUGUUUGAAAUACCCAUCUCAACUUUGUUGUGAGAUAUGUGUGGUCGAUAUGCAUUUUGUAUACCCAGCAUCACUGAUAUCCUCCACUUAAAAGCUCCUUACAAUCCUGGGUGCCUUUUUAAGAUUUUGACUUUAAAGCAUUUUGUAAUAUUAAUCAAUAAUUAGAGGCACUAAAACAUUUUUCCCUUUGAGAAAAAGAACCUUGACAGGGUCUAUGUUUACUAAAUCUUCAUGUGGAACCUGGAUCACAUGGAGGUAAAGAUAACUGGCAUUGACUUACAUUGCAACCCUUUUAGGGCCAAGAGUAACCAACAUCAGCUUUCUCCUUACAAUAUCAAGGCUGUGCUCUAAGGAAAACUGGAGGGAGCCCAUGUGCUCUUAAUCUGUAAAAUCUAGGGUGCCCAGCAUAUGAUUUGUAUGAAAAAAGGAAGAUUUUCUAGUCGCCCAAGAGCAAAAGUUAGGCGCCAGGGGCCACUGGGCUCUGCUAGAGCACAGAGCUCCUUGAAUAUCAAUAUACAAGAAACAGUUAUAAGAAUUAAUGAAAUGACAACCAAAGAGGAAAGGGAUGAAUAGGCGAAUGGAUCGGUGGAUUUUGAAAAUAUUUUUGCCUGGAUUUCGGAUUCAAAGCGAGAUUUUAAUGGAUUUCUGGAUCCUGCAAUUGCAGCAGAUUGCGGAUUCAUCUAUUUUUGGACCUGGAUUUUGGACUUUGCGUGUAAUUAAAAUAUUAAAAUAUUAAAAAUAUUAUUAAAAAUAUUAUUAAAAUAUUUUUGCCUGGAUUUUGGAUUCAGUGCAAUAAUUGAAGGGUGGGUUUGGUUAAUAAAUCAUAACAGAUUGGCAGAUUUGCGUACCCCUAGUCACCCCCCCUCAAAGAGAAAAUUCUGUCGACAAAUUCCCUCAGGAAUUGUGUGGAAAUCAGCCUGCAGAAUUUGUGUGAGGACAAUAACGGCUGGUUUUCACUAGCAAUGAAGUCAGAGUCAAAGUCAUAAGGGGAGCCACAAGAGUGCUUAUGACUUAGUGAAAAUCAAAAAUUGGAGUUGGAAGCAAAGUCAUAAGUGCGACAGAAUCGGAGUCAGAAGAAUCAGAACGUUUCCAUUUUCUUCUGAUUCCACUUACAACUCUGUUGCUUACGAUCUAAUGAAAACCAGAUUGUCGGAGUCAGAAGCAAAACGGAAGGAGAAACCAAUCACAGUGCACAUUCCCCCGCUUUGUGAUUGGUUUAGUUCAUCCACUUGUGCUUACGACUCUGACAAGCUAGUUUUCACUUGAUCUUAAGCAACAGAGUCCUAAGCAGAAUCAGAAUGCUGUUUUCACUAGAUCAUAUAGUUUUAUGCUUCUGAUUACAACUCCGACUCCGUUGCUAGUGAAAAGUAGCAUUAAUCAAUCAGGUUUCAUAUUCUCCACACUGUUCUCCAUGCAUUCCCUUUAGUACAUAUACAAAUAAGGAGAAUUUGUUUAACAGUCAAGACAAUUUUCACUGGUUGAUAAUAACCUUUUCUUAUUUGCUUUACUAUGUUUGAUUGAGCUCUGUGACUUAAGGAGAAAAUAUAUUAAAAUGUUGGUCACUCUUUGGGGUGAAAGGGUUACACUGUAGCUGAAAAGAAACUGCUGUGAGGAAAGAGAAGGAGAGGGUUGCUAGUUGGGUCACAGGGGUAACUAGCUGAAAUUUGAACUGUUUUUCCUCUUUCCAAUUUUUGGAGUAAGAUAUUUUGCCUGAAAUAAUGUUGCUGCAGUCCAUUUUUCUACUGGAAUACCAAAAAUAAUUUAUAAUAAUUUAUAAUUUAUAGUUUUUCUACUGGAAUACCAAAAAUAAUUGAGAAUGUUAUUUAAACAUUGAUAAUAUUAAGGUUUAUUGUAAAUAUUAUGGUCACCAACAGUACUUUAUUUUUCAUUGUUUAUUUCCCAUUUCCCCCCUCUCUUUUAUUAUUUUAGAAAACUGAUGUAACUGCAGGACUUGUUGAACAUGUAAGCCACAAAACCAAAGAAUAUCUUCAGCCUAAUCCAGGUACAUGCAUAAUCCUUCCAAAACGUCUAUUCACAUAUUUUCCACACUUUGAACUAAAAAGCUGCUUAUUUCCCAUGUACUUUCAUUGCAAUACCUUACCCUGUAAAAAAAGUGAAUGGCCCAGACAGUGUCUUUCCAAGAAGAACACAGUUUGGGCUGUGGUAGCCAUUUCAGAGAUCUGAGCUCUUUGGAGAUAGGACACCCUUGGAAAUUAUUUUGACUGUAUCGUUUAAAUACCUUUUACACUUGUAAGGGUUUCAUAUACCAGUAUUUGUUUGUACAACGACUUUCAAAGUAUGUAAUGUGGUUAAAUGUAAUUUAAGCUAAGUUAAACGCAGAACAAUGCUGGAGACCCCAAAGGGAACAGAGCCAGUACGCGUCACCACCCCCUAGACGACCCCCAGCGCACCAAAAUGUCGAGCCCAAAACUCCAGUUGAGUAAACGCGCACGUGAAAACGGAAAAGCUGCGUGCUUGGCGAUCAAAUUUAUUCGAUCUGUUUGGAGCCUCAUGAUGAACAGGUUUACACUGUACAUGUACUGUAAGAGGAUGACAAAUUGUUUAUGAUGUUCAUUUAAAGCGGCCCGAGCCAAGCUCACAAUGCAGUCAACUGUUCACAAAGUCCGUGGAGAGGCUAAAGUAUCACGAUACCCUCAACCCGAGGGCCUACUGGGAGAAACUAUGAUGAAAGGUGGAGAAGAUCUGGGGGAAGAGUCACUGUUUGGUAAGAUAGUACAUGUGCAGCACUCUCAUGCUAUCAAAAAGUAAAAAUAUACCAAGCAGACACUUCCCUGCUCACAGAGGUCUCUCACACUUUGUCAUGAGAGACCUCCGCUAGCAGGGAAAGCAGACACUUGUUUCAUUCAACAGCUACGAUGGAGCAAAGAGGCUGCUUGCAAGUCCCUCUCAUUUGUGCCCUGAAUAUUCAUAUCUCAGCGAUGGCUCUGAUGAGUUUUUCUCAAAUAAACUUGGUUUACCCCUUUCCUCCAGAACCAACAUUUCUAAAGUCCAAUUUGAUCUGGAAAGCACAGUAACGCAGUUUAAUGAGUUCUUUGGAGUGUAGGUGGAGUGUAUUUCAUGGGAUAAGCAAAUUCUUUUUUAAUGGGGGAAGGGUCAGGGGUAUGAGGAGUAGGGAACUUGGCAAAUCAGAUUGACUUCCUACCCUGUGCAUCAUAUGACCAUGUGUUAUUAGUAAAAUCCAGCUAGUGAUCUAUUAUCAAUGCUGAAUUCUGAUUGGUUGAGCUACUACUAGCCUAUAUGUUAUAGCCCAAUAAUAGCGAAAAGCGCUUGCUUUGAAAACCAAAAUGGUGGCUGAAUCAUGUUUUACUAGAUAAAGUUGUUUUGUCUCGAUAUUUUUUACCAGCUAGUUGGAUUUUAGUAAAACAACAAUUAUUCCUCUCACCCUCAUGGGCUAUUGACUCAGAGCCCAUGCGUGCUUGAGGAAUAAUUGUUAAUUACACCUGUAUUUAGUGAUGUUUAGGGCUAUUUGAUUCUUUUGAUUGUCUACAAGGCCCUGACUGAUCUGCAUAUACAGGAUAACAGAUCUUUCAAACUGUGAUACGCCUGAUUAGUCCUUAUGAUCAACAUCAUAGAACCCUCUUGUUGUUCAUUACCCAAUACAAAGAGUUCUGGUGACCACAAUUUUCAAAUAGCUGUCCUACAUGUAGUACUGUGGAACUCACGACCAAAACAUAAUGAUUAAUCAUUCUGCGGGCUCCUUAUUAAGUCACUGUAUUUGGCCUGGACAAUAACAAGAUGUCUGGGUCAAAAAUAAUACAGGUUUCGUUUACAGAAAAAUGUGUGAAGAUGAGCCUGGGAUUUACUUGUAUUGAUAUCCACUUUACUGUACCUUAAGAUGCAAUCCACUUCCUAUAUAAUAGCAGAUUUCACUGUAUUUAAAAGAGACUAAAAUUGCGUUGACAUUCUUUAUUUCAGGUCAAGCACUGAAGGAUGCUGGAGAAGCAUUCUCAAAUUUAGCUGAAAUAAAGGAAGCUCUUGAUUCAAGUGUCAAGCAAAAUUUCUUGGACCCACUUGAACAGCUGAAGAACAGAGAUAUCAAGGAGAUAAUGGUACUCAAAUGGUUUUGAACUCUCAUGUUGUGCAAUUAAACCAGUAAAGAGCUUCUAGUGCUGGCUUUCCUUUUUUGUUGUUUGUGUUUGUGAACUGGUUGGAAGAGUGGAAACUUCAAUUUGACUAUUGCAGCAAAGUGUACAUGUACAUUUAGAAGUUAUGAAACCAUCGUUAGGAUAGAAAGUACCUUAAUGCUUAGUAUUGUAAGAUGGUAUGACUGAGGUUCUACAUCAUGUGAGGAGAAUAGGAUUACACUGUAAUAAUUAUAUUUGUCAAAAUUAAUGAUAGUGUUAACUCUUUGAUUUUAAAUUCAAUUUGGUGUUAAGAAGUUUUUUUUAUAAUGUUACUAUUAUUUUCAUUUUCACAGCACCACAGAAAAAAGCUUCAGGGCAGACGACUUGAUUUUGAUUGCAAAAAGAGAAAAGCACACAAAGGUACAGAUGGUACAGUGUAUGCACAAUGUUUGUACACUGUAAGAGUUCAGUUGACCACCAUAUAUGUCCAUACACAGGCAGUCAUGUUGUAAUAGGCCAAAAUGUUUACUGUGGCUGACAUGUCGAUAAGCGCAUUAUGAUAUACAAAUGUAUAACCAACUAUCUGGGAUUAUGCAGGACUCUGUCAGAUAUGACAGAAAUCUCCCAGUCAUCUGUAUGGGUCACCAACUCCUGGAUCAUGAAAAUAUCUAUUGAGCUUGUUAUAAAUUAUAUCCGCGUUGCCAAUAGUAACGCGUCCCCUAAAUUCCCUUAGGGUAUUUUGCAUUCUAGCGCCAUAUUUAAAAAUUCAGUUUUGAGCUAGCAGUGGUCAUGAACACAAGAAUUCAGAUUUAGAAACGAAGACUCGGAGAUUCACGCUAGUCGAAUCAUUCUGUAAAUCACGCUAUUUAGCCUCGAAAUGUAGAAGUGAAAGAGGCGAGCCGAUUUCGACGCGUGAAUGCUAAUUAACUUAAACUGUAGAAUACUGAGACACUGAGAAUUAAAUAAUAAAUCUUGAAGAACAGCGAAAAGACGACAACAGAACUUUUCAGUGCUAUUGUUUGUUUUCCCAAGACAUUAAGAUGAUUUUGAUUUUUAAGUUCAUAGAACAGUUUCUGGUGGUAUUUUUGAGUGGCUUUUAUUUGUCAUUAUAGUCAUGGACCAAAGUGAUUGUUGAUGGUCUAUUCUAGUUUACAUGUAUGUAAGACUACAUGUAAUGUCCAGAGCCACAGCCAUGUAAUGUUUUGAAGAAUGGGUUGAUUUGUGUUUAUUGGGGGUAGGGUGUGUUAAUAUUGCAAGAGUGUCAGCCUCCAGAAUUUUUUGGCUUUCCAAGGUUGACAUCUUUGGAAGCAUAUCCUGAAUACCAUGCUACCCUUUUAGUUCCAGAGGAAGAAAUUAGAGCUGCAGAGGAAAAGUUUGAAGAAUCCAAAGAAGUUUGCUAUAACAGCAUGUUGAAUCUCAUUGAGUCUUCUGAUGUAAGUGACUGUAUACAUCUCACUUAAAGAGCCGUUACUUUUCUCUGGCUUAUUUUAAUGCUUGCUUUGGUUCAAAUCUCCUGCUUCAUAUACCAUACAUCAACAUGUAACCAUGUGGCUUUUAGUGCAACCUACAGUGCAAACGUUAGUAACAGUAUUAAUGUAUCAGCCACUAUUAUGAUUACUGCAAAACCAGAGUUGAAUAAAAAAUCAUUUGAUAAACAAUUAAAAGGAAAAAGUUAACAGGUUCUCAGUAGUAAACACAAGAUUUAAGCCGUUUUAGCAAAAACAAAAAUGGCCUAAACUACUUUACAGUAUAUGCCCACCCCACUUCAUCACCAAACCCUCAAUGAUUUUAUUGUAAUAAUUAUCCUUACUGGCUAGGCCUGUUUCUACUGAAGUAAGGAACAUACAGUCAGUUAUGUAGCCUUUUCAUCAAAUGAAUGCAUUUCCACUUCAAAGGAUAACAUUAUUCAUGUAUUGUGGUUAUUUUAUAAUAGGUGGAACAAGUAAGUCAGCUUGCAGCUCUAGCAGAAGCGGUAUUUGACUAUCAUAAACAUUGCUAUGAUGUCAUGGAAAGCUUGGUUGCAACUCUGAACAACAAGUAUGUGGCUGCAGUGCACUACACUCCUACACAUUUACAUUACUAGACGUAUCAACAAUCGUUUGAUUCUGGCUGUAGAAGAAAAUAGAUAAUGGAUGGCAGUGUACUUGUCUAUAACAGUUAUCCGUAAUAGUUUCUAUUUUUAUUAUUUCUUUUCAAUUUUCCCAGUGGUUUGGUGCAUGUUUCCCGUCAUCAUUCUGUCAAUUUAAUAAACUUUUCCUUCCUUCAUCUUUGAAUAAUAAUAAUUAAUCUUUGGUCUUAUUUCAUAUGUCAUGCAGCCUCAAUAUACAGUGUGUGCAUAAUACUAUUAUAAAAUUCACUCAGGUAUUUUUUUAGCUUUGCAAACUAAUUAAUGAUACAAAACACAAUCUUGUUUGAUAGAGUUUCAGAAGCUGGCAGUCGCCCUCGGACUGAACGUCGAAGCAUCAGGAGAAAUCAUCAAGAUGACGAUAGUGAUGAGGAACCUCAGUCUUCAUACAGUUUAGCACCAACGCCAUCAGCUCCCCCCUCAGCUCCACCCCCAGCAUCAAAUGGCUCCUAUUACAGUGGUCCAUUCAAAGCUUUAUACGACUUUGAGUCAGGUGUGUUACCAUGGAUACAUGUACAUGUACAUUUCUUUGGGAUGAUCCAUUACUGGAUUUUUGAUCAAUGAUCAAGAUCAUGAUGCAUCAAAAGAACUGAUGAAUCGUUGUCCAGUUCAUUUAGAAUCGAUUCUAUUAUUUAUUAGUAAAAUCCAACUAGUGGUCUAUUAUCAAUGCUGUGUUCUGAUUGGUUGAGCUACUACUAGGCUAUAUGUCAUAGCCCACUAGUAGCGAAAAGGGCCUGCUUUGAAGACCAAAACAAUGGCAGCUGAAUUGCGUUUUGCUAGCUAAAGUUGUUUUUGACCAACUAGUUGGAUUUUACUAAAACAAUUAUUCCUCUCGCCCUCAUGGUCUCUGAGUCAAUAGCCCAUUCGAAGCCCAUUCGCGCUUGAGGAAUAAUUGUUAAAUAUUUUUUGGGUGGCACUGUAUGUCUCGUUUUCCCUUAUUUUCUGUGGAGAUGGAAUGAAACAGUUUUGAAGCUACAUUGUAGCAUCAGUUUGCCAGCUCAGAACCCCAACUAUGAGGUAACACCCACUGAGCUCCAUUUUUAUGAUGUUGCAUAGAAUCAAGAAAGCUACUUUAAACUUGUCCAACACACUGAAGAUCAAGGUGUCAAAAUUUUUCGUAGAUAGAAUUUAUGUUCUUCAUUGAAUUGCAGGAGACCACAAAAUAGUGGUGACACAGUUCAAACAAUAAAUAUUAGGAGUUCUUUAGAAAUUAUUCAAUGAUCCGUCUCUUCUCCCUCUCUCCCACAAGUCUCUUAUGCACAACUACUGAUACCUCUUUUAUUUUAUUUCUGAGUGUGCACUUAUUAAACUUUCCUUUUUGUUCUUAUUGUACCUUUUUUUCAUAUUUUUUUUAGAAAACGAUUCAGAGCUUGAUUUUAAUGAAGGUGAUAUCAUUCAGGUGGAGGAACAAAUUGAUGAAAACUGGUUGUCGGGCUCGCUUAACGGCAAAACUGGAAUAUUUCCGACUAAUUAUGUGGAAAAAAUGUGA